GAUAGGCUACUUAAGAGAAACUUCGGCUUUGUGGACACAUGAAAUUCAAACAUUCAAAAUAUUUGUUAGCAGUUCUAGUUCGCUAUAUACAAUUAGUGAAUUGUUUUUUCUCUUAUUUGCAGUGAUGCUUUGCAAAUGCAUACUCCUAAAAAAGCAAUCAGUUGAAAGACGAAUUAUAGCUUAAUGCUUGAUUCAUGAACGUGCUUUAUAUUUUUGACUCGUUUGAUUUAGUGACCUGUAAAAACUCUAAACUGAUUGCUUCCCACGAGACCCAAAGCCCAGAUCCGCAUAACGACGAAAAAGAAAAUAUAUUUUAAUAAAAAUUCAACACUAAGCACUACAUUUAUUGUUGUAUUAUUUAGUUUAAUAUUAUUGUUUAAUAGGCAAAAAGCGAGCUUUUAUUUUACUAUAUUGUAAGCGCAUUAUUUGCCAAAUAUUGAGUUUUCUUAUUUUUUAAUAAUUUCUUUGCCAUUUUGCAAUAUUAUUGGCCAUUGUAAUACAUUUAGACUUUUCUAAUAUACAUAUAGGCUAACUAAUAUGUAGCCAAUAUUUACAUUUAAUACAUUAUUUUAUGUAAACAUAUACGUGAAAAUAGAUUUAUAGGGGCAGAUAUUAUUUAUUAGUUAAGGUCUGCACACUGUUUAUCUGUCAAACCAAAAACUCGGAUACGAUGAAGUAUUCAUUCUCUUAUAUCCAAGCAUAUUAAAAAGGUUAUUACAUCAAUGAUGCAUAAAGUGCACAAAAAAUAAAAAUAAAUGUGUCUUGCAACUUUCUUUGGCCUUUGCGCAUAAAGAAAUAUACAAUGCAUAUCGGAUAACAAAAAACAAUAAAUUAUGUGUGUUAUAUAUUAUGUGUGUUAUAAAUUAUGUAUGUUUUUAAAUUAAAUGUGGUGCCCAUACUAGUCCUUUUGAGCGCUUAAGCAGAUUUUAUGUGCUAUUUUAGACCCUACUUAAUCAAUAUCAUCUAAAAAAUGCUCAAAUUAUUAGAAAUUCCACAAAACAAGCUUAUUACUAACAUUAUUGGCAAAUCAUGUUAAUCGUUUCCUUAAUACUAGUAGAUAUGUAUUUCUCUCCCAAAAUGUACACAUAUUAUGCUUCAGAAGGGUGUCCAUACAAAAAGCUCAUUCAGUUAAAUAAGAAAUAAGAGUCAUCUUACCUUUAAGAGCUGUUGCGUUACUACAGAGGGCGGUACGGUGGCAGCAGUGUGAUGGAGGCUGGCCCUGCCUGGGGCGUGAGUUUACUCCAGCUAACUCCAAAACAGCACAAGACAGGGGGCUAAACGAGACAGGCGCGAAUUUGACCACAGACACGUAUCCUGGCUGAAGGACGGCCAUAAAUACGCUUCAGGUGCUCUUCAGUCGGCUUUUACAAGGAGAUCUCUGCUGGAUCUCCUCUCUGUGCUCGAGGACGGAAGAUGCCCAGGCAGUUCCUCUGCCAAGUGUUCGGCUUGUCCCUGUGGUUGGCACUGAUACUCCAGUCUCUCAUCUCCUCCACCGCUGCCUACAAGAGACCUGUGUCCGGAGGGAAAAGGCAGAGUUUCUUGGAGAGAACCUUAAUUUUAUUGGACGUGAAUACUCGAAGCCCGGUAAAAAUCUUGAACGACAAUUUCCUCUCGUUGCAGUUGGAUCCAUCUAUCAUAAAGGAUGGCUGGCUCGACUUCUUAAGCUCUAAGCGGUUGGUCACUUUGGCUCGGGGACUCUCUCCAGCAUAUCUGAGAUUUGGGGGCAAACGGACCGAUUUCCUCCAGUUUCAUAACCUGAAGAAUCUUGCAAAGUUUCGAGGGCCUGGACCAGACUAUUAUCUUAAAAACUAUGAGGAUGAUAUUGUGCGCAGCGACUUUGCCCUGGACAAACAGAAGGGCUGCAGACUGGCGAGCCAUCCGGACAUGAUGCUGGAACUGCAGCGCGAGAAGGCAGCUCAGGUGCAGCAGAUCUUGCUGAAAGAACAGCUUUCCGACAUCUACAGCGAUGUUACGAUAACAGCCAGGUCUUUAGACAAACUGUACAACUUUGCCGACUGUGCCGGACUUCAUCUGAUCUUUGGCCUGAACGCCCUGCACAGAAAUCCGGACAAUUCGUGGAACUCCACCGGUGCCCUGAAUCUGCUCAAAUACAGCGCCGGCAAAAAAUACAACAUCUCAUGGGAGCUCGGCAACGAGCCAAACGGUUAUCGCAUGAUGGCUUCUCGAUCGGUUAACAGCUCUCGAUUAGCUCAGGAUUACAUUCUUCUGAGAACGUUACUUCAGUCUGUGCGUUACUACAAUCGGGCUAACCUCUACGGGCCCAACAUCGGCCGUCCCCGUAAAAACGCAAUCUUGUUGCUUGAUGGGUUUAUGAGAAACGGCGGUUCUGUUGUUGAUGCAGUAACGUGGCAACACUACUACAUUGACAGGCGUGUGACCAAAGUGGAAGACUUUAUGAAGACAAGACUUCUGGACACUUUGUCUGAGCAGAUAACUAAAGUGCUAAAGAUUGUUCAAACUCACGCUCCUGAGAAACGGGUGUGGUUGGGUGGAGUCGGUCCUGCUUGGGCAGGAGGUACCAAUAACUUGUCGGACACUUUUGCUGCAGGUUUUCUAUGGCUCAACACUCUUGGUAUCGCUGCAGCUCACGGGAUUGAUGUUGUGCUUCGACAUUCCUUCUUUGAUUAUGGAUACAAUCAUCUCGUCGACCAGCAUUUUAAUCCUUUACCUGAUUACUGGUUAUCUUUGCUUUUUAAACGUCUGGUGGGUCCCAGGGUCCUUGGAGUGCAUGUUGCGGGCCUACAGAGGAAACCACGUCCUGGACGAGUGAUUCGAGACAAGCUCCGCAUCUAUGCACACUGCACCAGCUUUAACAAUCAGGAUUAUGUCAGAGGAUCCGUAACGAUUUACAUCAUCAACCUGCAUCGUUCACGAAAGAAAAUCAAGCUUGCCGGGACAUUACGAAAUAAAACUGUUCACCAAUACCUGUUACAGCCCUUUGGCACAGAUGGACUUCACUCCACGUCUGUGCAGCUGAAUGGAGAACCUUUGCUCAUGGUGGACAAUGAGACACUUCCUGAGAUGAAACCACGGACGCUCAGGGCAGGUCGAACGAUAGCUAUGCCGCCCGUAUCCAUCGGUUUCUAUGUCAUUAAGAAUAUCAAUGCUUAUGCCUGCCGCAGAUAACACAUAUACUGACUGACCUCAGUCAAUCUUCUGGCGUAUCGUGGCAUUCUCCUCACGAGCCCACAAAGACAUGGAAAUUAUUUGCCCUUUGUUUAUGCGAGGGCUGCACUGAACGCUUUCAACUACAUUUCUCCGAAUCGUUUUAUUUUUUCUGCAAGAGCUACAGCUAGACUUGUGGAAAGUGAAUGUAUUUUAUUUUGGUUGUUUUUGGGAUUGUGGCUCUUUUUUGCAGGAGAACGUAAUGAAGCCUUAUGGUUCUUUACUGAAGCACAGAAGUGUCACUGGGGCCCACAUAGAGUUUCUUAAAGAGCACCAAAGGUCCGAUUCACGAUUAUACAUUUCCUUUGAUGUGUAAGUGUGUAUUAGUACAUGUUAACGAUAUGCUAAAGGUACAAACACCAAAGUAAACGAUGACGCGAGUUAUCGUCUCCAACGUAAAUCUCUUUUCUUGGACUAUAACAAACACACGGAUUGUAGGGAACAGUUUACUUCAUGGGAUUGGUGAUGUAUACAAGACCGACAUUAUCAUAAUUCCUCCCGCUUCAGACUCACAGCCUGUAAUUUAACUCCUGUUAGCAUUGCAUUGUGCACAAAUCUUUUAAACAUGGUAAGGAGCUUCACAUUUCCGACUGACGUCAGAGGUAUUCAGGCCAAUCACAACUCGACACAGAGCUUUUCAAAUCCAUGCAUUUCAGGAAGAGAGUGAAAUAUAAGCUACAAAAGCUGUACGGUAUGUGGAAAAUAGCAGCACAGUCUCACUAAAUUUCGUUAUGUAGUCACGUAAUUUUUUGAUUCUUUUUUUGUGAUAUUAUCACGAAUUUCUGCGUUUUCUCGUGAUCGUAUAACGAAUUCCUGUUUUCGUGUGAUUAUCACGUAUUGGUUGCUCAACUGUUUUGUCCUAUUUUCUUACCAUUGUCGCAUCCCUACCCAAACCCAACUCUAAGUCCCUUUCACACAUACAGUCUUUACUGGUAAUUUACUGGUAAAUUGCCGUUAACAUGUCAUGUGUGAACAGAACCUUUCCGGUAAAUCAGUGCUCCCAAUUUACCAGUAAGACAGGUUGUAAGAUUACCAGUAAUUUACCGGUAAGCGCUCUGUGUGAACGAAAAUUAUAGGAUUACCGGCAUUUAGAACGGACGACGUCAGACCGUGCUGACAGCUUCGGGCCAAUCAUAGCGCUUUAAUACAGAUGACGCGUUUACCCCUGCACUGUUUACGGACGUUUUCCACACACAUGCUGCUUGAAAGUUGAGCACACCUGAAGUUUACGUCCACAUUUCCUCACCAAAGUUGUUUAAAACAGCUUACCGCCGAAUUGCCGACGUCCUUAGCACGCCCUCUGUGAAGCCUAAAGUGCAAACAGUACUGUUGUUAAAAACGCAUUUUCAGUUUGACGUCGUCUCAUUCAAUGUUCUUUGGUCAUGAGCAACUUCGCGACUGUUUACCACAGACGUGAAAACAACAAAAUACGGACCGUGGAUAUGAACGACUUGGAUUGUUUACAAAUACAACCUGAGCUAGCAGCGUGCUACAGGUACUUCCGCUUUCUCAACGAAUUUACCGGUAUUUUGAUACUGAUGUGUGAAUGAUGUCUUACUGGUAAAAUAACGGAACGCCACUGCGUGUGUGAACAGCACAUUUUUGUAUUUACUGGUAAAUUCAUUCUGGUAAAUUCAUGGUAAUUUACCAGAAUUACUGUGUGAAAGUGGCUAAAGUGACAUUCUAAUGCAAGCAUCAAAUCUAACCCUAAACCAAAGCAACAA